AUGCUUGGAAGUAAAGAUCUUCGUAAUGGUGCUGUUGAAUCUGAGGGUGAGAACUCAAGGAGCAAGUUGUCAAGGCACAAUUUUGAGCCUAUCAAGGAGUACCCAGAGAAGAAAGGUGUUGAUUUUCUGAGAGAUUCAGAAUUGGGUGGUGGUGGUGGUGGUGGUGUUGAUGGGGUUCUUCAGUUGAAACACACUAAGGUUGUUGGUUGUUCAGGACUGCAAGAGCUUACCCUCAGCUACCUUUGUGAUAACACAAAAUUGGAUCUUGCUGAGAAAGAGACUCCUGGUAAAAGCUUGCUGAAUUCCUUGGAAAAAGUGAGCCACAAAGGUAAAGAGGUUGUCGUUUCCGAGGUUUCAAAUCAGGAUGGUAAAUGGGUGGAAAGAGAUUUCUUGAGCCUGAGUGAAACCAGAGAGGAUUCUUCAAAGCGAUCGCUUGAAGAAGAAGAGGUUGAAAGGGUGGGUAAUAGGGACAAGAAGCCAAAGCUGGAGACACUUAAUCUCUCUCUUGCUUUGCCUGAUGUGUCACUUUCUCUCACAGCUUCAAACGCCUUGCAAAAUGGUGGUGAUCAACCAGUUAGAACUAAACCUAGCAGGCCAUCAACUACUCACAAUUCAUAUUCAAAUGAUUAUACAACAGCUUCUUUGUCUUACUCUUAUUCUCACCCUUUCUCACACAACCCAAGUUGCUCACUCACCCGCAAUUCAACUGAUAAUUUUGAUUAUUCAGUGAGCAAAGAUGACCAAAUUUGGAAUUGUGGGGAGGGGACUAAUGGGUCUGUUCAUAGUAGGUUCAAGCCAAUAGGAGACGGGGUUGCUUUGUCCAAUAAUUUUGGUGGUCUUAGUUCCUUCAUGCAAGGUAAUAGCCAGUUUAAAACUACUAGUUCAGAUAAUCAUUCUUUUUUCCCUUCAGAAUUGCCUGCCAGACCAAGAUUUGAGGCUCAGUCAGGGGACUCAAGGGGAAGGAAUUCUGAGAAUCUGAGAGCCUUGGAAGGCUUAGAUGGUGGGAAGAUAAGGAAGCUUUCUAGACCAGAGAGAAUUGUCAGGGAAAUUGUUUCAGAGACUAUCCUUCCCAUGGCUUUGACAAUUCAGGAGCUUACUGAUGAAGUCGUAUCAUCAACUAAGGAAUACUUGAAGAAUCUCAUUGAGAAGCCUGACAAGAAAGAGGAAUUGGUCAGCCUUCAAAAUCAGCUUGAGAGAAGAUCUGACCUUACCAAGGAGACUCUUUCAAAGUGCCAUAAAGUGCAAUUAGAGAUUUUAGUGGCUGUCAAGAUGGGGCUUGCAAGCUUCUUAUCUAGCAAAGUUCACUUAUCUGAGAUGGUAGAGAUUUUCUUGUAUAGGAGAUGUAGAAAUGUGAUCUGCAAGCAUGUCCUUCCUGUUGAUGACUGUGACUGCAAGAUUUGCUCAGGAAAUAAGGGGUUUUGCAGUUCUUGCAUGUGUCCUAUCUGUUUGAACUUUGAUUGUGCAAGUAACACUUGUAGUUGGAUUGGUUGUGAUGUUUGUUCCCAUUGGUGCCAUGCUGCCUGUGGCAUUCAGAGAAAUCUCAUCAAACCUGGUCCUAGCUUGAAGGGACCUUCAGGGACUUCAGAGAUGCAGUUUCAUUGUAUUGGCUGUGGACAUGCUUCUGAAAUGUUUGGGUUCGUUAAAGAUGUUUUCAUGUGUUGUGCAAAGGAUUGGGGCCUUGAAACCUUGCUGAAAGAGCUUGGUUGUGUAAGGAGGAUUUUCAGGGGAAGUGAAGAUCGCAAAGGGAAGGAAUUGCAUGAUAAAACUGAUGACAUGCUAUUAAAGCUUCAAACCAAGAUGGUAUCUCCUUUGGAUGCCUGCAAUUACAUCAUACAAUUUUUCAGCUAUGCAGAUGGAAUGUCAAACUUUCCUGCUCCUAGUAUUUCGUCAAAGGAUUCGGCAGUCUCUCAAGCUAACCUUACAAAGAAUACACCAUCUCUUGUGAAAUCUAAUUCUCUAAUACCAAAAUAUGGUUAUGACAUGAGCUAUUCUAGGCCCCAUCAUGAUGCCCUUUCAAACGAUCUUCAUCAGAAAGACCUCAAAGCUUCCCUCUUAAAUGAACUAAAAAAUGAGGACGAUUUCCAAUUGGGAGCUUUAUUAAGGAAAGGUGGACUUGAAAGUUUGGAGAGCAUUGUGAGGAUAAAGGAGGCAGAAGCUAGAAUGUUCCAAACCAAAGCUGAUGAAGCAAGGAGAGAGGCAGAAGGGUACCAGAGGAUGCUUAGGACCAAGACUUCACAGAUGGAAGAAGAAUAUGCUGAAAAGCUUUCCAAACUUCGUUUGCAUGAGACAGAGGAAACACAGAGGAAGAAAUUGGAUGAAGUCAAAAUCUUGGAAAAUUCCUACUUUGAUUACUAUAAAAUGAAAAAAAGAAUGAGAGAUGAGAUUGAUGGUUUAUUGCACAGAAUGGAGGCAACAAAGCAGCAAUGGGUUUGAACUUUUACUUUUUGUUGUUUGCUUACUCAGAAAUACUGCUGAAAUAGUGUGUAAUUUAUUGAUCUGCUGCUUUGGUAUUCUGGUUGUUCCCAGAAUGGAUUAUUUUAUUUUCGAUUGAUAAAUUCAAGUGUUUCAUCGUUGAUUAAUUUUUUUCUUCAU